ACUUCCCAGGUCAGCAUUCCGCCAGAAUUGAAGCACCUGGCCGCCCAGCUGGACCCCAUCCGCCGGAAAAAGAUAGACCUGAUCCGACUGCUCCCACAAGUCGUCGACGCCUUGGACCUGGAGGCGCUUCUGGCCGUGCUGGACAUGUACGGCCCCGAUGGGGCCGUCAACGCGCACAGGGCCGUCUGGCUCCUGCGCAAUAUCGGAGGGGAGCCAUGGGAGGAGGAUCGGCUCGAGGACUAUCUGGCGCACACUCGUGGGAGGGUGGAUGAGCACGACUUGCUUUCCGCAAUGGGUGUAUUUGACCGGUAA